UGAGAAUUGUGAUGUUUGUUUUUAAAAAAAGUACUAUUGAAAUCAGUGUAAUUAAAUGAAGUGAUUCAGUUUAAUAAAUGUUUUUGUUUUUCUUUUAAAACUUUAAUAGUGUACUAAUUGCAGUGUUAGUUUUAGUUCUGACCUUAUUCAGAAGUGGGUUGCUCUUUUGUGUACAUACUUAUGUCGUGAUUUCAUAAAUAGAAUAGGCAUUACAUGUCGGGGACGCGUACAAAAAUAACAUUGGUUUGUCGCAUCAAGUUCGGGAUUUCAACCACGCCAUGGUACUGAAAAUGAAGUUCCUACACAUAAUCUUGCUUGUGCUUGGUAUGCAUGCAAUAACACUAGCAGCUCCGCCAUCACAAGAAAACCUCCCACCGAGGCCGAAAGAAGGCGGAGUAACCACCAGAUACUGCGAAUUCUACAAUAGCUCCACUCCUAGCUGUAAUCCUGCAACGAACUCUUCAUGCGUACCUGAAACAAUUAUAGAGGAAUGCCAUCCAUUCGAAGCGGAAAAAACUGUACACUGCUUUGUAUUGUGGCAGUUUGAUAACGAAAUGUACACCGCAUAUCCUAAAAUCAAAGGGUGUUUCGUCGAUACAGUCUCGUGUAAAGACAGAGCAUCCAACUGCAUCCUCCACAAUACGCUACUGCCACUUCUACACUGCUGUUGCGAAGGAGACAUGUGCAACAAAAAUCUUACGUUCCCCAAUCCGAAAUCAUUUAUGACACAAACAGAUAAUCCCAAAGAACACAGUACCGUCGCCUCCCCAAUUCCCGCUGCAAUGCCGGACGUCAUCGCGUACACGCUGACACCAUUGUUCCUGCUAUUCGCUGUGUUAGUCGGAUGCUACCUGUUAUACAGGAAACGUAAAGGCAGCUCUUUUGCUGAACUAGCCAGCGGCGAGAAUUCUCUGUCCAGGCCUCCGUCGGCGGGCGGCGGUAUGGAAAAUGAAUCCGGCGUGCUAGUCACUCAGGUGGCGCUCUGUGAAGUGAGAGCCCGCGGGAGAUUUGGAGCGGUUUGGCGAGCGAGACUAGGACAAAAGGACGUGGCGGUUAAAGUGUUUCCCCUACAGGACAAGCAGUCGUGGUUAGCCGAGCAAGAGGUGUUCCGACUGCCCAGGAUGGAUCAUCCCGACAUUUUGCAGUACAUCGGCGUUGAUAAAACUGGCGAUAAUCUACAGGCAGAAUAUUGGCUCAUCACAGCUUAUCAUGAGAAGGGCUCCCUGUGCGACUACCUGAAAGCUAACACGCUAACUUGGGCUAAAGCGUGGCGUAUAGCAGCUUGCGUAGCUCGGGGCCUGUCCCACCUACACGAAGAAGGCGGUGGCAAACCCGCAAUAGCGCACAGGGACUUUAAAUCCAAAAACGUACUGUUGAAAGCGGAUUUGAGCGCGUGCAUCGCUGAUUUCGGCCUAGCUUUGAUAUUCGUGCCGGCAAGAGGUUGUGGGGACGCUCACGGCCAGGUCGGAACAAGACGGUACAUGGCUCCGGAGGUCCUGGACGGAGCUAUCAACUUUACUAAAGACGCCUUCUUGAGGAUUGACAUGUACGCGUGCGCGCUGGUGCUAUGGGAAAUAGCUUCGAGAUGCAGUGACGUAGGCGCAGACGAUACGUCCCAGUACCGUUUGCCGUUGGAAGAAGAAGUCGGAUCUCAUCCGAGCCUCGAGGAGAUGCAGGAAGCGGUCGUGCAAAGGAAACUCCGUCCGCACAUACCGCAGCACUGGAGAGACCACCCGGGCAUGUCAGUGCUGUGCGACACCAUGGAGGAGUGCUGGGACCACGAUGCAGAGGCGCGGCUGUCUGCGUCGUGCGUGCUGGAGCGCGUGGCCGCCCAGCGCGCCCCGUGCUCGGACAGCGCGCCGCUGCUCCUCCACCCCCCGCCCUGCUGACCCCGCGCCCCCCGCACCCCCGCGCCCCCCUCCUGACGUCACGUGUAAGUAAGUGCGCUAACAUCGAUACACGCACAGACUAUCUGUCCUAUUCAAUAAGAAAACAAUAUAUUGUCGAAUUUUUAUCAAUAUCAAUGAGAAACUCUUUUAACAUAAAGUAUUUAGUUGUGUAGACCGAAAUAAGAGCAGCCAAUAAAAAAAUUCUAUGCAUAACACCUAUGAUGCGAUAGUCACUUGAAUAGUACUAAACGCCUAACAGUCUACUGAUAUCGGGCAGUAGUAACAUUCGAACAUAUAGCUGGGAAAGUGAACCAGAAAUAAUUGCCAGAACUUUUAUUCCAAAAGCAUUUGGAACAAAAGAUCGAAUCGAUUAUCACAGUAAAGACGAUUCGCAAUUUCUCAAGUCCUCAACUAUCCUGAAAUAAUAAUAAAACUUUAGUAUUUAAUGAGAAGUAUUGUUGUGGUAACUUUUUUCGAUGCGCUAUAAUAUAUUUUCUUAUUCCUGUCGUUAUUUUGUAAUUCGAAAUCUUUAGGCAUAAUUUUUGUAUGAAAUGGUUAAAAGUAUUGAUCAGCUUCCAAAUGUAUUUAUACAUUUUAGUGAUAAAGUUAUACAUAUUCAAUUUUUGUACUAU